AUGGUGACUUCUGACUACGUGACAUUAGUGUCUGCCGACAAUCACAGGUUUGUCGUAUUGAAGGAAGUAGCACUGAUUUCUUCGGUGUUGCGGAAUACUCAAGGAUUCGAAGAGGGGAAAACUGGUCGGAUCACAUUGGACAUGGAUGGAGAUAUUCUCGAGUGUAUUGUAGAUUAUCUCUACUAUCACUACAAAUAUAAAGAUGCUGCUGCUUCUGGGAACAUUCCCGAGUUUAACAUCCCAACCCAUUUAGCUUUGGAAUUGUUGGUAAAAGCGGACUUUUUGGAUAUUUAAACGAGAACUACUAUUGAGUAAAUAUAUUGAGAGAAGAGAAUACAUUGGAGGACAGAUUACAUGAUUGGAUAUUCACUUUAGAAACUCUUUCUACAGCACCAAUUCUACGGCACCAUUUCCCAUUUGGUACUCCUUCUCUUACUAGGAACAUGGAGUUGAAUCAAGGUAUUCUCUUUCAUGAAUUGAUGGAGAAUAACUGUUGGAACUUUUUUUUAGAAUUGCUUCACUAACUUAUGGAAAUAAUUGAUUCAUACUCAUUCAAAACCAUUUCUAAGCUUAGAGUUUCAAUCUUAAUUUCAUUUAAAUUUUCAAGAAAAAA